AUGCUGACACGGUCCUGGGGGCCGUUCCCUUGGGACUACCAGCCCUCGCAGGAUCCCCCCUUCUCCAGUACGACCAAGCAGACCGUUGCUUCGUCAUCACCACAAGAAGGACUCCCAUCUAUCCUCGAGGCGGCUCCUGGGUUCGCGCAGAAGGCUCCAACCCGCAGAUCGUCACCCAUCAACAGCUUGUCAGCUAUUACCAGAGACACCCUCCCGCUCACCCAGAAGACAUAUUCGCCACCCUACGAAUCAACGUUGAACCAGCACAAACAACAGAAAACCUACAGUCACCUGUUAACAAACAACCGUUUGAGCUUCCAGACGUUCAUCCCUAUGGCAACGUUCACUCAAGCAGAUAUCGAUCAGCGCAUCGCUGUCGCCCUUGCAGCAUACCAAUCCCAACAGUCAACUGCCAACCGACCCCUUCACCUUGACAUCCCCGCUCCCGAACCUUUCAGCGGAAAGGCGGAGGACCUCAGACGCUUCAUCCAAUGCGUCCUCUCCUACUUUGUCGCCACCAACAACACCAGACUUAGCGAUGAAGCAAAGAUCGCCUUCACUGUAGUGUUGAUGAGGAAGGACCUAGGGAAGACAUGGGCAGACGCAUACUAUGAGAAGUCGGCAGGGGGAGUCCAGGUCUAUCCCGAUUGGGCAGCCUUCGCCACUGCCCUCGAGGAAGCGUUUCCUGAGCACGGAACGCGAAUCAAGGCGCUCCAAAUCCUGAUGAAGCUGCCCGAACGACAGAAGAACAAGAAGACGGCACUCUCCCUCGGAAACUACGUCACCCGCUUUGAGCAGCUAGCGUCAAAAGCCCAGCUCAAGGACGCCGAAGUCAAUGGCGUCAACUGCACCGAGAACGACUACCACACUCUCCACACCAACUUCAUCAAAGGACUUCCGAAGGAGCUCUACGUCUCUCUCACAACUAGGGUCGCUAGAGACCGACCCAGCACCAUGAAAGCCUGGUACGACGAAGUCCGAAACACCGAUGCCACCAAACAAGGGGCCCUCACCGUCACAGACACCAAGGACUAUGGCGAGCCAAUGGAUAUCGACGCCGCUGCAGUCGCGGCAACCUUUGCCUCCACAUCGGGAGGAAGGAAGUGGGAACUAGGAGCCGUUCUCAAUGAGGCUGAUCGGAAGCUCCACAGGGACGGAAACCUGUGCUUCUACUGCCACAUCAAGGGCCACAGCGCCAGGGAUUUCCAUGAGAAAGCGGCCACACGACAAGGGGGUGGAAGGCCGAACCAGGGAGGAUCUGGGAAGGACGACUUCCGUGCCAGAAUCAAGGCACUCUCCGCUGACGAGAAGCGGGAGCUGUAUGAAGAACUUACGAUGGAGGAUUUUUGA